AUGGCCGUCUACGCCCUCCUCACGCUGACCUUGGCCCUCCUGGGUACGGUCUCCAAACUGGCGGCCUUUGCGUCGAAACUUCUCAUCGCAUAUAUGAUUAUGUGCUUCUGUGCGCUAUAUGGUGUUGCAGCUGCCAUUGUGCUUACACCAUUUGGAAAGAAUGUGGCGAUUACGCAGUGGACCGUUGGGAGGGUGUUCAGGUGGACUUUGGGACCGGCUUUGGGGGUUGAGUUUGAGGUUGAGAAUGAGGAAGGCAUGUGGAAGGAUAGACCGGUUGUCUUUGUGGGGAAUCAUCAGUCUGAAUUGGAUUUAUUGAUUCUUGGAAGGAUAUUUCCUCAGUAUUGCAGUGUCAGUGCGAAGAGCAGUUUGAAGCAUACCCCAUUCCUUGGCUGGUUCAUGCAAGCUAGCGGUGCCAUCUUCAUCGACCGUGCGAACCGUACCUCCGCUCUCUCCGCCUUCGACAACGCCAUCAAGCAGAUGAAAUCGAACGGUCAAUCGGCAUGGAUCUUCCCGGAAGGUACGAGAUCGUAUACCACCGAAACGAUAAUGCUGCCGUUCAAGAAAGGCGCAUUCCAUCUGGCGGUUCAAGCACAGGUUCCUAUUGUUCCUGUCGUUAUUCAGAAUUAUAGCCAUGUGUUGAAUUUGAAGGAUAAGACUUUUAGACCGGGGACGAUUAGGGUGAAGAUUUUGGAGAAGGUGGAGACUGAAGGGUUGGAAGGGACGAAAGAGGAGGUUGAUAAGUUGGUUGAGAAGGUUAGGGAUAGUAUGGUGAAGGAGUUGGAGGGGAUGGGGUUGGGGGAUAAGAAGAAGAGUCAGUAG